AUGAUGGAGACCUUCAAGAACGAGUGUUCUGAUCUGAACAUUUGUGAAUACGCAACAUCGGUGAUGCAGGUGCCUUCUGCGGCCGCGCCUGUCAUAUCGUCCGGGAUCCACGAAGUUGGCAACUCCCCCGCCGACCCCAUGAUCAGUGGCCAGCCGCCAGUGACCGUGACAAUAAGCAUCACGCUCUCCGUUGGCACGCCUAUCCACGAUAACUCACCGGCCUCCAGUGCCGUCAUUUUGAAGAAAGUGGAAGUGCCCGCUCUUCUCAUCAUCGAAGACCAUCUCAUCACCGCUCAAACGCUCAGGAGCGCGCCGAAGACAGCAGGCAACCAGUCGAUGAGCGUGGGCAUGGAGCACAGUGAGUAUGCGACGUAUGCGCGCUCGAGCUCUGACAGCGCACCACGCUACACGCGCGGGCCUUCACCGGAGUCAGCGUGCAGGGCGAGCCCGUCGCGCGCGUACAGCGACACGCCGAUGAGGGCAGUCAACGCGAGCCCCACCACUUCCGUGAGCGGGGACGUGACGGAGUACGCGUGGCUGUGGCAGAAGAACAAGGGGCGUCGAGGUCGACGAGGCUGGCGCGGGGCGAGCCGGGAGGGGUAUGGAGCGCCUCGUCCGGGGGCCGGUGGCGAGGAGAGAGGGAUGUGGGUAGCGAUUAAGCUGAGAUGCAAUGCCAAGGUCAAGGAGUUGAGCUCGGGACUACGGUGA